CGUUAUAAAGAUCAUAGUCAUUGGUCAGAAAAUAACUUCCAAAAAGCUCAAAAGCACUGACUCACUCCUCUUUUCGCACCCACUCCUUUCUCUCUCUCUCUCUCUCUCUCAUGGAAAAACAUUUAAUCGCCGCCUCUUCUCCGCCGCCGUCAACUUCUCCGACCACCUUCGUCCAAGCCGACACAAAUUCCUUCAGAGACCUCGUCCAGAAGCUCACCGGUUUUGCCGGUGACUCCGAAAAGCUUCCGGUCACCCACCUCUCCAAGCUUUCCUCUUCGAAGCCCUUCCCUCCCUCCGCCACCGACUACCUCACCGGUCCUCGCCGGUCUCCGUUCAAGCUCCAAGAGCGCCGUCACACAAUCCGGAAGCUAGAGAUCAACCUCGGCUUCACCGGACCUUUCAAAAACUUGCCUCCGAGUCUUAAAUCGCCGAAUCCAACUCGCCGGGUCGACUCGCCUGUUCCGAGUCCGGUCACGCCUCUCGCCGCCGACUCGCUGUUUUUUCGAAAGCCCAGCAUGGCCUCGCCGCUUUCUCCGCCAGUCACGGCGGAGGAUAAGGCCAUAGCUGACGGUGGAUUUUAUCUUCACCCGUCUCCGAGGAGUUCACAGCCGCCGGAGCUCUUGAAUUUGUUCCCUACUAAAUUCACCAAGUGAGCACUCUCAAUAUGCAUAAAAGGACGAAAAGGGAAAUUGUCUCAAUUUUUUUUUCUUUAAGGAAUGUCUCUGUAUAUUUUAUUUUUUGUGCUAUUUUUUCCAAGGAUCCUGAAGCCUAUCCAUUGGAGUUAUUGACUUUUAUUAAGUUUUCAAUAAUUUGAAAUAUAAUUAAAAUGUGAACACAAAAA